UCAAGUACAUUUAACCAUUAUGCGUGUUAGCCUUGCAGUUCUUCUGUUUGUAUACACGACAGCUGCACUCCAUCUCUGUACUGCUAUAAAUCCAGCUCCUGAAAAUUGUUUAAACUACGAAAGUACUUAUCACAUAACUAGAGCUUGUGACUGUGUGGUGUAUCAAAGUAGUGGACUCACCAGUGGCCGGUUCACCUCACCCAACUUUCCUCAGGUCUACCCUGCCAGCAUCAACUGCAUUCUCUAUUCCUUUAUUGGGGAACCUUUGGAAAUUAUAGAAUUAAAUUUCAUAGAGUUUGAUCUAAAGAUGCCAGAUCCAAGCGGACGAUGUGGAGACUUUUUAAGAGUAUAUAUGAGCCUUGAAAGACCGGAAGUGAACGAAUUUAGCCGCCAUGAUCUUGAAUUCUGUGGUGGCUAUAGUUCCAUUCAAAAUACUGUAUUUAGCGCUGGACGAAGCCUUAUUUUAGAAUUUCAUUCAGAUUACCGAACAGGAAAACCUGGAAAUUACUCAGGAUUUAAAGGUGUUUUUCAGUUUUUAGAUAAAAGAAAUUUCCAAACUACAGGCAGUAAAGUGGCAGGUCAAUCUUGUCUGUAUGAUUUCAACAGCAAUAAUAGCCACCACAGUGGACGCUUUUUCUCGCCAUUUUACCCACAACAUUAUAGACCGAAUGCUUCUUGCAGAUAUCGAUUUUUCGCUCGUCCAGGAGAGCGCGUGAAAGUCAUAUUUUCCAAUGUACAGUUACAUCACAUUGAUGCAAGUGAUCCAUAUCCAAGGACAAGAUCCUUGCCAUUUGAUGAACAACUUCUUGCUUUUGUCUGUUGUCGAGAUAGCCCUGACGUCAUCACAGUUUACGAUGGUCUGGAUGAAAGUACUCCAGUAAUUGGACAAUUUUGUGGCGUACACAACUCUGAAGAAGUUAUAUCGACAGGAACCACUUUGAUAGUCACAUUUGUAUGUGACGAUCGCAAUCAAAAACAAGGCUUUUCUGCAAGCUAUGAAUUCAUUAAUAAGCAUGCAUCAAAGCAAAUCAAAUCUAUUAAAAAUGAAUCCAAUCCAACAGUGCCCACAUCAAGCUCUCAAUUUCAAUGCAAUGAAAAUAUGGACAGCAGAACUCACAGAAACGGUACUAUCUCAAGCCCGUUUCAUCCUGGGCCAUACCCCGCUAACAUUAAAUGCAGAUACAGCUUCCAUGGAGGUGGAAGAGAGAGGAUUCAGAUUCGAUUUGUACAUAUGGAUCUACAUAUACCUCGCGAAACCUCAUCAGCUGAAGAUUGCUCCGAUGCUGACUCUGUAUCUGUGUACAUUUUAAUCAAUGGAAAAACUGAAGUACUGAACACUUGGUGUGGACGAAAACUCCCACCCAUGCUUAUGUCUAACCAACAUACUAUGAUAGUUGAGUUUCAAAGUCUACAUUCUUCAAAGUUUAUCACUGGAUUUAAAGCUCAAUAUAGUUUUGUUACCAACUUUGGUAUAAAGGAAGGACAGCAAGAUAACAGAGGAAUGUGUGUAUUCAAUUACCAAAGUGCCGUUAAAACCAGCGGAGAGUUCACGUCACCUAAUUACAAUGGUCUUUAUCCUCGAAACACAGAGUGCCACUAUUUGUUUUAUGGAAAGGAAAGAGAAAGAGUACAAAUAACAUUUAUAGAUUUUGAUGUUGAUGGACUAACCCCUAGGUGUGAAGAGAGUACAAACAGUGACUAUGUGUCUUUUUCAAACUUUGCUGAAUCAGAAGACAGAAAAAUGACGAGAUUGUGCGGUAGUGCUCCGGUGGAAAAACGUGAAAUUUGGUCAGAUGGACCCUUUUUUAGGGUCAUUUUCAAGUCCAACGAAAUGUAUGAUUCAACUGGCUUUCAGGCAAUUUACCAAUUUAAAGGUCCAACUGAUGAAGAACAAGAAUUUAAUUCGAGAAAAAAUGACUAUGCACCAAAAGAGCAAAAAAGAAAUUCAGGGAACAGCAUUUACAAUUCUUCGGCAACUGCAUCUUUAGAAAACAGCAUUGUUAUUAUAUCUGCAAGUUUAUUAUUACUAGAUUAUAGUAUUUUUGUUUUUUUGUGAGAAUGUACAAUAGUGUACAUACUAAAUAAAAAUUUAUUGUGAAAACUUUAUUGUGAAAUACUUUAGCUUAACAAAGUGCUUAAAUUUUUUUAAACAUUUUUUAUUUACAUUUUGAAUACAGCAACAUUAAACAAAACAUUUCAUCAGAUAUGCUAAGAUUUUGAUGUUUGGAAUGUUUGGAUUAAAAAAAAUGAUUUUCUGCAGCUAGCAGAACUUGGUUGCAAGCUGGGAAAAAUGGAUUUGUUUUGAAAAUAAUGCAUACGUGUGUACAUAGAUGUUUGUAAUAUCUUUUUCUAUGGAGGACAUUGUGCAAAAAAACAAAAAAAAUGUAAAUAAUAUUGACAUUUGAAAUUUGGAACAUUUUAGUUUUACAUAUACAUUCUUAAAGUUAAAAAAAAGGUGCUCAAAAAAAAACAAAAAAAAAAAAACAUCUUUUUUCAAAA